GGUGGAAAGUUAGCGCGGGAAGCUCCCAUGGAGAGAUGUAAACACAACAACAUAUCAUGGAUAUAGUUCAUUACUUAGAAAAAUUAAAAGUUUCUGACGAUCUCUUCAAGGAUGUAAAGUUUUAUGUAACAGGGAAGGUACCUGAGGAGGUCUUGAAACUUCUCACAGAUGGAGGAGCAAAAGAAGAUGCACACAUCACAGAUUACAUGACACAUCUUAUUGUAGGAGAUGAACCAGAUGAAAAUGACAUUGGAGAAGUGAAAGAUAUAUAUGAAAAACCUGUUGUAACUCCAAGAUGGGUUGUGCUGUCUGUCAAGUGUGGUAAACAGCUACCAUGGGCAGGAUUCUCUCCUGAUAUCAGUCAGGUAUUCUCUGGUGUGACAGCAUGUGUAACACGUCUUAGUCUUGCCGACACCCUUGCGGUGUGGGGAAUGAUUACCUUUGCUGGAGGGAAGUGCAGUCUUGUCUUAACUAACUCCUGCACUCAUCUUAUUGUUGGAAAGCCUGAAGGGGCUAAAUAUAACUGUGCUUUGGAGAAUGAAGAUCACAUAAACAUUGUCACUCCUGAUUGGGUACCAGAAUGUCUUGCUGAAGGAAGUAAAGUAGAUGAAAUUGAAUAUCAUCCACGCCUUUUAAAACAGCCAAAGUCUCACACAAGCUCUGAGCCAAGUAUUGUUAGGAAUAGAAAAAAGAAAAAUGUUUCUCAUCAUAAGAGUGAAGAAAUAAAAAAAAAGGAAGAGCUUAAGAGCAAAGAACCUGAAAAGUUCUCCUUCGAUGCUCUAGAGUUUAGUGAUGAAGAAGAAAAUAGUAAGGGUGGCUCAUUGUUAGAUCAGCUUAAAACUUCCCAGACAUGGAAACAACCUGUUACUAAACCAACUGUGACAACACGAGCUUCUGCUAGCUCCACUUCCACCACCUCUAUUUCUCUUGACAAGCCCAGAGCUCCACCGACAGCACCCAUCUUGACAACAACUCCACAGACUGUGACAUCUCGUUCAGUCACACCUCAGCCAAUACCUGCCCCUAAAGGAGUGGCUCAGAGUGUAUCACAAGCAUUACUUCAAAAUACAGCUCAAGGAUUGCCACAGGUUGCCAUUCCAGUAACAUCUCAAGGUUUACCACAGGUUGCCACUCCAGUAACAUCUCAAGGGUUGCAGCAGGUUGCCACUCCAGUAACAUCACAAGGUUUACCACAGGUUUCCACUUCAGCAACAUCUCAAGGUUUGCAGCAGGCUGCCACUUCAGUAACAUCUCAAGGUUUGACGCAGGUUGCUACUCCAGUAACGUCUCAAGGUUUACAGCAGGUUGCCACUCCAGUAACAUCUCAAGAUUUGCCACAAGUUGCCACUCCAAUAAUAUCUCAAGGUUUGCAGCAGAUUUCCACCCCAGCAACAUCUCAAGGUUUGCAACAAGUUACCAUCCCAGUAACAUCUCAAAGCUUGCCACAGGUUGCCAGCCAGGUAACAUCUCAAGGUUUGCCGCAGAUUUCCACUCCAGGAACAUCUCAAGGUUUACAGCAGGCUGCCACUUCAGUAACAUAUCAAGGUUUGCCACAGGUUACCACCCAAGUAAUAUCUCAUAGUUUGCCACAGGUUGGAGCUCAUGUAAUAUCUCAAGGUCUGUCACAGGUUGCCACCCAGGUGACGUCUCAAGCAUCUCGUACUGUAUCAACAUUAGGUCCUCUUAUAAGUACAAAAGCACCACCUGGUUCACAGAAUCCCCAGUCUGUAGUUGCAGUAUCAAGCCACAAUCCCAUUCAGGGUUCACUUGCAGAGACUUCCAUGCUUCGUAAUUCAUCGCACUUGCCAAGUCAGACGCCAACAUCAGUCCCUACAACGAUAGCAGAAGUUUCAACAACAGCAUCUGCUCCAGUUAAUAGCUCUCGGCUAAUACCACCCACCUCUUCUCGUGUUGCACCUCCAAGUGCUGUCCGUGUUAAUCCUCCAAAUAUAUCGAGAGUUACUCUACCCACUGCCACCAGGGUAACUCCUCCCAAUAAUUCUCGGGCAACUCCACCUAAUGCAUCUCGGACAACUCCUCCAAACGCAUCUCGUUCAACUCCACCAAUGGUUUCACGUGCAGCUACACCCAUUUCUUCUCGGACGACCCCUCCCAUACCUGCACGGGCAACUCCCCCAGCAAACUCCCGUACCACACCUCCAAUAACAUCUAGGACCACUCCUCCAAUUACUUCACGUGCUACACCUCCAGCAAGUGCCCGAGUAACACCUGAAAUUAUUUUUCGCUUAACUCCUCCUAAUGUGGCUGGAUCAGUACCACGUGUACCUUCAAUGCCCGUCACUGUUGCUGGCUCUUCUGUUCGUGCUCCAGGAGCAGUGUCACAAGUUUCACCAGGUGGCAUUCCCACACCUAAUAUGCCAAGCACUGUUCCACAGCAAGUACAUUCAGUUGCUAUUCCGGGAGCAGUUGUUCGUCUUCCACAAGGAGUGACGCCUCAUCAGCUACAAAUGAUGUCACCCAAUGAUCGACAGGCAUUCCUUCAUAAUCUUCAUCAAAAGCAAAUUCAAGAGCAACAAACUAGAGGAAAGCCAAGAGCAGGAAAACCUUCUGGUCCACAAUAUAAGCCUGGUGUUCGCUAUGCUUCAUCUGGUAUGCAUGUUGCUGCUCCGGGAACUCCUCCAACACCUGGUACACCAGUUUCAACCUGGCCAGGGCCAAGUCAAGGCACCCCAGGCGUUCGACCCACCAUGACCACUGUUGGUCCUGGAACUGUUUCAGUGUCAUAUCCAGCUGCUCAGCUACUUACACAGGCUCCAGGAGCUCCUCCAGUUGGCUCACCUGGAAAUUCAGGGGAUGGUGUACGACCUGGUUGGCCAAGUCAAGGACAGCAACAGUACCAAGGUCAACCUGCUCCAGGUACUCGAGUGGUUGUUGGUCAAGCUGGUUGGCAACCACAGCAACAGCAGCAGCAGCAACAGCAAGCAGGGCUAAGACCACAAACUCCAGCACCUGGGCAGCAGCCAACACCUCAAGGGUUAUUACCUCAGCAUAUGCAACAAUUUCAAUUACAGAUUCAACAGCUCCGUCAGCAGUUUCCUCACUUGUCAUAUCAGGAUGCUUCGCAACUUAUUCAACGUAUUCCUACACACUUUCGGCAUAUUCAGCAACUAGAUAAUGCUCAGCGCAGUGAUUAUUUGGCUCAAUUAGACACUAAAGAAAGACAGGUUGUCACAUAUUUUAUAUUGAGAAAACAACAACAACAACUAUUUCAGCGUCAGCAACUUCUUCAGCAACAGCAGCAGCAGCAGCAGCAGCAGCAACAACAGCAGCAGCAACAGCAACAGCAACAACAGCAAAAAGUGGGAACCCCUCAGCAGUCACCACAUGCAUGGCAACAACAGCAACAGCCUGGGCCACAGCCAGGUCAACAACAGACUGUGCAAGGAGCACAGUACCCUCCAAUGUCUCCACAUGGGCGACCAAUACCGGGUCAUCCACUGCCCCAGGGAUAUCCUGGGUGUCAGCCAGCUGGUGUAGUAUCUCCCGGUCAGGGAUCUCCUCAUAUGGUGGCUAGUGGCCAGCUGACUCCUCAACAACUUACUCCACAUGUAUCACCUCUAGCAUCCCCUCAUGGUCAUUCACCCAUCCAACGUGUAGAUGGACCUCUCAUGGGUCAUGCAGGAGUCAUUCAGGGUUCAUCUGUUCCUCAGAACCUGGUUAAUCAACAGAAUUUGGUUAAUCCUAAAACAAAGACGGCUCUGGCUAUUCACCUUACUAAUAGAUUGGCUGGGGGAGUUCACCAAGGAGUUAUACCUCAGGGUCCUCAGGCUCCUCAGGGACCUAUGGAAGUUCCUGCACAUGUUGUACAAAAGCCUGGCAUUCCACAAGAGGCCAUUCAAGGUCCAGGAGGUGAGCCAGUAAUGCUGUAUCAGCGUCGGGCAUUGGGUAAUAUUACUGGCUCUGUGACUAAUAAUCUUGUUCGGCCUCCUGUGCCAGCAACUCCUGUUGGGGUUGUGGCUGCACAUGGUUACCCUCGGCCUGCAGCACCCCCUCAUCCUGCACCGACGCCAGUCAUGGCUCCUGCUGCUCCUCAUUACCCUCGACCACAUUUGGUUGGUCAUGAUACUAAUAUUAUGUUACCACGGGAGCUAUGCCUGGUGGGAUGUGUUUUUUACAUUGCUGACUAUCAUGGAGAAGUCACACUGGAGACACUACAUACAUGGAAGAGGGUUAUACAGCAGCAUGGUGGUGAAGUAAUGCCACUCUAUGACUCUGCUCGUAUUACUCAUUUGCUGUGUAAGCAUCAGAAGUCGCCAGUCUUUAUGCAAGCUGUCCGUGAAAACAAACGCUGUAUAACCAUAUUCUGGCUUAAUGAUGUUCUUCUGAGGGGUAAGAUGGCCCCACCCUGGCAGGCUAUACACCUUCCUACACCCUUUGGGAAUGACAACAAACCAUGUAAAGAUCUGAUUGUCAGUGUAAGCGGAUUUGAGAAUGAAGAAAGAACUAUUAUCAAGUUGAUGUUACAACUUGUAGGAGCUAAGUACACUGGAUACUUCUCCAAACAUAAUAGCCUCCUUGUUUGCAAAAAAUUAGAAGGAGCCAAAGUAGCUAAAGCACGAGAAUGGAAAAGACCAGUUGUAAAUGGUGUUUGGCUGAGCGAGGUGUUGUUGGGUCAAAACACUCCCCCACUAGUCUAUCAUGGUACACGCUAUCAACACUAUUUAGAUGACCCACUGCGAAUAGAUCCAUCCUUAGCCUCUCAUCUCUUCAAUGCCUGGAAGUACCCAAUAAGUGUGUCAAAGGAAUCUGUAGAAAAGGCUAAGGCUGUAAGAGAAAUAGCAUUGAGGAAGAGAAAAACUGAAGCAGAUGGUGAUCAGGAAAACAAGCGCUCUCGUUUGGAACCCCCACCUGCGCCUCACCUUAGUGCUAUGCCUACACCCACUCCACAACUUCCAUGUGCACCAAAUCAGUUGGCAGGUACUCCCAGUGGCUUGUCUCAAGGAACUGUGAGCAUGGGUGGUGUCAGAGGUAACCUGACAGUCAUCAACAAAGAAUUACCACCAGAACAGCAAAGACCAUGCAUUCUUCUUUCUUGUGUGAAGAAUAAAGAAGAUAUUGAAAGGAAUGUUCUUGAGUUAGGUGGCUACCUUGCCAGGUCAAGUAAUGAAGCAACUCAUCUUGUCAUGGGGUCUUCCUCAGCUCAGCGCACUGUCAAGUUUAUGUGUGCAAUUUCAACAUGUCAGUAUGUAGUGUCAUUGCAGUGGCUAAUAGACUCGUAUGCGGAAGCAGUGUUUUUACCUGAAGAUAAUUACAUUAUGGAUAUGCCAGAAUAUGAGCGUGUCUUCAAGUUCAGCUUGAAAGAAACAUUAAUGAAGACAAACAGGAGGCAGCUUUUCACAGGGACAACUUUUUACUUAACACCAUCAGUUGUUCCUGGACGAACAUGGCUGCGAGAAAUCAUAGAAUGUGCUGGCGGAACUGUAGAAAGCAAGCGGCGGACUUUAAAAGAUAUCAAGGAGAAAAACAAAGAGGGAGCACACAAGUAUUUAACUAUUGCUACAACUUCUGAUGUUCACUUGGUCAGGGACCUCCUUCAGGAAAACAUGCCCGUUUAUAAUGCAGAAUUUGUUCUGGGAUCUAUCUUGAGGCAGGAGAUAAAUCUACAAAUGGCUAUUUACAUUGAUGAGGAGUAAUUACAUUUUCUUUCUUUCAACACCCAAGUAAUUACAUUUAUGGUGAAAUAAAUAUUGGAAUCUGUUCUUAAUUAGAAAACCAAAUUUUAGAGUUGAAUAUUGUAAUCAGAUGUAUUCUUGUAGUUUAUUAGAAACAUAAGGAAAAAAUAGAAUGAAAAUUAAACUUAAAUUAUAGUUUAAAAUAAGUGUAUGUAUGUAUAUAUAGUAUAUACUGCAUUUUUUUUUUAACACACCGGCUGUCUCUCUCUGAGACAGGGUGACCCAAAAAAGAAGAAAACUAUAAAGUCUUUCUUCUUUUUACAUUUAGUAAUUUAUACAGAAGGGGUUAUUAGCCUCUUGCAUAUACUGUAUCUACAUUCAUUAUUUUAUUGCAUUGAAAUGGAAGGGAUUAUGAAGCAUCUUAUGCAAUUGACUGUAACUCAGGAUAUUUGUGUGUUUUUUAAAAGAAUAUUGGUCAGGAAGUUGCAGUAUAUCUACUCUUCACUGCUCUUAAAUGUGUCUAUAGAAACACUAUCUUUCUAAACUUAAUGACCUCUUACAAUCUUUUUUUCAUUCCUGUACAGCCUACUACUAGUAUUAUUAUUGCUCUCUUAUUUUAAUAUUUCUUGAUAAAUCAAUGCACUUAGUUUAAUACUUCUAGAAUUUACUUAAAGAUACAAACACUAAGGUCUUUUUCAUAAUUCUUAUAGUAUUAUGGAUUAGUGCUCUUUGCUUGUGUACUUCUUUUUAAGAGUAGAUGAAAAUUCUAAACCAACUUCAUUACUUGUGCCCUAACACAGAUGUUUUAACUUUCCAUAGUCUUCUUUGUCUCCUAAAUACAUGAUUUUUAACAUUUCAUAAUCCUUGUCUAAUGUCACCUGAUGUGUAGCCACCCAAGUGCCUACAUGUGGACAUUUUUCAUGUUGUGCGGGUUUCCACGUAAUGCCUUAUAUCCCUCCCUCUCAUUGGCUGUAUAACAGCUGGUGUUGCCUUCUGAGCUAUGAUUGACUACUGAAGACAUCUUAAAUUUGUGCCUAGCAUUGUUGUGUAGUGUGAUAAUUGGUCAGCUGUAUCAGUAGCCAAGAGUGCGUGCUUAAGUGUAACACAGUUUAUAGGACAGUAUCCAGUGAAAAUGUUAAUUUAAAGAAAUUUACAUUGGGUACAAUAAAAAAAGUGUGUGAUUAUAAUUCUAGGCAUUUAUUAUUUAACAAAUAAGUUUACAAUUUCAGUUCAGUGUAUAUUCAGAAUUGCAUUGUUAAUGAAACCUGGUGUCAUCCAUUAGGCUUGUUGAUUCAUUUUAUAUGUUAGCAACACCAUAUCAUAAGUGAUAUUAGUACUAGUGAUGAGGUGUUUGUCAUUACCUUGUGAAUAAUAAUGCAGUUCUCCCCACAAAUUCCUUAUUUACAUAAUUUUAUUAUCCACAGAUAGGUUUGAUUUUCCACAGGUUUUCUAAUGGUACCCAUUGUUUUCAGGCUUAAUACAGUGGAACCUUGGUACUCAAACUUAAUUCGUUCCAGAAGGCUGUUCGAGUAUCGAACCAAUUUUUUCCAACCAGUUUUCUUUUUGGUUGACUGUUAUCACUAAUCUUCAUAGGCCUCAUGGUGACUUAUUUAUACAAAUAUAAAAAACUCCAAAAAAUGCGAAGAAACGUGAAUUGCGUAGUUUACAGUGAAGUUCUGGCAGGUCAUGUUUAUUUGGUCGAGUGCUGAGCAAAUGAUCGACUACCGAGUGAUUUUUUACCGAACAAAGCAUUCAAAUGCCGAAUUGUUCGAGUACUGAGGUUCCACUGUACAUGACCUUUUAAUUGAAAACUACCAAUACGAUUUUGUGGGUUUCCAUCCCUAAAUUUCUCUUCAUUCUGAGUAUUCUUCCUUGUAUUUUUAAUGUUAGUAUUAACCAGAGGCAUAGUCUUUAACCCUUAAACUGUCCAAACAUAGAUCUACAUUCAUGCUCGUAGCACUCUGAACAUAGAUCUACAUUCGAUUUUACAUUCUUGUGUAAAAAAAAAAAGUAGAUCUACGUUCGGAGCGCUACAUGUGCAAAUGUAGAUCUACGUUUGGACACUUUAAGGGUUAAAAACAAAAUGAACCCAAACCUGAAACAAGCUUUUUAAUUAGACAUAAGUUUGUAUUCGCAGAACCUCUAGAAACUGUGACCCCAGUAAAUUUGUAGAAAGAACUGGAAAUGUUUCAUAAAAUGACAUCAUUGAGAGUGCAUCUUUAUGGGGGGUGGGGGACCCUUGUGGGUUUAGCACUUAGUUUUGAUUGUAAUAAUAAUAUGGGGUGGGGUAAGUAGCCUUUGGGAGUGUGGGGACACCUGAUUCAGCCACUUUCUCUAUGAAUUAAUAUAAUAAGCUCCUACUGUAUAAAGUGUGUAAUAUUUUUUUAUUGCCUAUGUAUUUGUAGUAAUAGUAAAACAAAUUUUGUUUUAAUCUGUGAGGAAUUUCUUUAUUAAUUAGGGAUUAAUUUUGCUUCACUGACAAUAUGAGAAUGUAUGGUUUUAUUUUUAUCUGCUUUCAUUACAGAUAACGUUAUAUCUAUCUAUCUUUCAACACACUGGCUGCAUCCCACCAAACCGGGGUGGGCCAAAAGGAAAAACGAAAGUAUCUUUUUUUUUUUUUUUUUUUUUUCCAACAAGUUGGCCGUCUCCCACCGAGGCAGGGUGACCCAAAAAGAAAAUGCUUUCAUCAUCAUUCAACACUUUCACCACACUCACACAUAAUCACUGUUUUUGCAGAGGUGCUCAGAAUACAACAGUUUAGAAGCAUAUACGUAUAAAGAUACACAACAUUUUAUAUUUAGUAAUAUAGACAGGAGAAGGGGUUACUAGCCCCUUGCUCCUGGCAUUUUAGUCGCCUCUUACAACACGCAUGGCUUACGGAGGAAGAAUUCUGUUCCACUUCCCCAUGGAGAUAAGAGGAAAUAAACAAGAACAAGAACUAGGAAGAAAAUAGAAGAAAACCCAGAGGGGGUGUGUAUAUAUAUAUAUACUUGUACAUGUAUGUGUAGUGUGACCUAAGUGUAAGAAGAAGUAGCAAGACGUACCUGAAACCUUGCACGUUUAUGAGACAGAAAAAUGAACGCCAGCAAUCCUACCAUCAUAUAAAACAAUUACAGGCUUUCGUUUUACACUCACUUGGCAGGAUGGUAGUACCUCCCUGGGCGGUUGCUGUCUACCAAUCUAUUACCUAAAUAACUUUAUAUAUACUGUACAUAUUAUUUAUAAAGACGUUUGCUCUAUCUUUAGACAUAUACAACAGCUGCUUUAUUUUUUGUGAUAAAGGUGGUGAAGAGAUGCUGAUUAAGGAGGCAGUUAGUCGAGUGCACAGAGUAUUUUUAUACCGAAUGAUUGCAUAUUGGCUGCACGAGACUCGCACAUCUUGUUGACAGUCAAAUGCCUUUUGACUGAUUGAACCAUUUAUCGAAGAGUAUGUAUGCAUGUUUUUUUUUUUUUUUUUUUCUUUUUUUUAACACCUCGGUUUGCCCGCUCUUGCAGAAAACCCUGUCUUCAUUGCAAAUAGAAAUAUAAUCACACUUACAACAACCAUAUACCAAAUGUAAAUGGAAAACAAGCAUAUGUUACAAAAAAUAACAAAAAUAUUUUAGAAUGUUGCUUACCAUUCCUCCAGCUGGUGAGUACCUGUGGUUUUAAGUAGAGGUAGUGACAAUUGUGAGGCAAUGAUAUGAGGUUCCUGCCCUUUAUAAAAGACUGUAGAUUAGUUAAGAGAUUUUUCUAGACUUAUCUUUAAAUAUGAAUAUUGUUCUGUAUAUGAAUUUGACUUCUGAACUAGGAAAUAUAUAAAGGCCUUAAUUUUAAAUCUGUACAUGUCAGAGUAAUUUUCCCUUUUAGCUCUUAUUUAUGUUUAAGUGAUUGGAUGAGCAUGGUGUAUGGUUAACACCUAUACGGUUCAUUGAACAUGUACUGUAUGAACUUUUUACUACCUAAGUAAUCAAAUAAUAACAGUACACUGUAAUAUACUGUAAAAAACAUACAAAAUUUGGGAUUUCCUUUUACUGUAUACAGUACUUUGUUUAUAAUGAAGCAUUAGCACUAAAGUGCUGUUAACCCUUUCAGGGUCCGUCCCGUAGAUCUACGGCUUUAUGUUCAGGGUCCAAACCGUAGAUCUACGCCAAAAUUCUAGCGGCGUCAAAUUUAGUGCGAGAAGGCUGGUAGGCCUACAUCUGAGAGAAUGGGUCUGGGUGGUCAGUGUGCACACCAUAGAAAAAAUCUGGACGCCCGCAUGGCAUUGUGGGAACACCGGCAAAGUAGCUUUGUUCAUUGUGCCUGGCGGCAAGGAACCUCUCACUCUCUGGGCGAAUUCUGACUCUCCUCUUCACAACUUACAGUUCUAAGACUGAUGGAAGUGGAGAUGAAGACGAAUUCUAUGGUUUUGAGCCAUAUGGUACCAUUGUGCCAUAUGGUACAAUGGUACCAUAUGGUACAAUGGUACCAUAUGGUACAAUGGUGCCAUGUCAUACAAUGGUAUCAUAUGGUACAAUGGUAUUGUAUGGUAGAGUGGUACCAUAUGGUACAAUGUACCAUAUAGUACAUUGUACCAUAUGGUACAUUAUACCAUAUGGUACAGGGUACAGGGACCCUAAUGGAAAUAAGUCUGUCUGACUUUUUUGGGUUAUCCUAGGUUCUCCAAACAUAUGCUGCUAAGUAUGAUAUUCUAUAUAACUUUAUUUGUGUAUAACUAAAUAAACUUACUUAUGAUGCCACAUGCACUUGAGUAAGUUUAUUCAGGUGUACAGAAAUACAAUUACAUAGAUUAUCAUACAUAGCAGCAUACCUAUAAAAUCCUAGGAUAACCCAAAAAAGUCAGGGUGACUUAUUUCCAUAGUUAUCCCUGUAUCUGUACCAUAAGAUGUCCUGUACUGUAUGGUACUCUGUACCAUAUGGUACCCUGUGCCUUAUGGUACCCUGUGCCUUAUGGUACCCUGUGCCUUAUGGUACCCUGUGCCUUAUGGUACCCUGUGCCUUAUGGUACCCUGUGCCAUAUGGUACCCUGUACCAUAUGGUACCCUGCAUCAUGUUAUCCUGUACUGCAUGGUACCCUAUACCAUAUAGUACAAUGUACCAUAUGGUACCCUGUAACAUAUGAUACCGUGUACCAUAUGGUCAAUAGGUGUUGGUGGCAUGAGACACCAGCCAAGACUGAGUGGCGACACAAGCUAGCUACUGACUCCACAGUUUCCGAGAUAAAGUGCUUUGUCAUCCACCUCAAGGAACACGUCAAGUUCCUGUACACUUGUAAAUGUAUAAUAGAGCAUUACUAAUAUAUAUAAUUUUUGCAUAUUUUUGUUGUAAACAAUUAUUGUAAACAAAAUAAUAAUGAAAAUAUUAGUGUUUAUUGUUGAAUACAACAGUACCAUAUGGUACCAUUGCAUCAUAUGGUACCAUUACACCAUAUGGUACCAUAAGGUACCAUUGCACCAUAUGGUACCAUUGUAUCAUAUGGUACCAUUGUAUCAAAUGGUGCCAUUGUACCAUAUGGUACCAUUGUAUCAUGUACCAUUGUAUCAUAUGGUACCAUUGUAUCAUAUGGUGCCAUUGUACCAUAUGGUACAAUUGCAAUAUGGUAUCAUUGUACUGUAUGGUACAAUGUACCAUAUGGUACCGUUACAUCAUACCAUAUGGUUCAAUUGUAAUAUGGUAUCAUUGUACUGUAUGGUACAAUGUACCAUAUGGUACCAUUACACCAUAUGGUACCAUAAGGUACCAUUGCACCAUAUGGUACCAUUGUAUCAUGGUGUCAUUGUAUCAUAUGGUGUCAUUGUACCAUAUGGUACCAUUGCACCCUAUAGCACCAUUGUACCAUAUGGUACUAUAUAGUACCGUUGUAUACAACACAAUAACCAGACUAAUAUUUUCAUCAUUUUGUUUACAAUAAACUUGUAAACAAGUUUUGUAAGCAAUAUAAUGACAAACAAAUUAGUGCAGUUAUUGUGUUGUAUACAAUGAGCGUACACUUUUACAAUAUACAUUAUAUUCGUCUCACAGGCCACAAAUGUUAUUAGAAAAAGAAAAAAUUAGAAAAGAAAAGAAAAAAGUAUAAAAAACGUAAAAUAAAAAAAAAAUGGGAUUUUGCGGAAGUCAUGAUGUUGCCGCCACCCGGUCAUUUUGGGUCAACUUCCCGCCACUGUAUCUCGGCAAGUACUGAUCAGAAUUUUUUUUUUUGUCUUAUUACCUUCACAAAAAUAUACUCUUUAAUUCUGUAAGUUUUUUUUUUUUUUUUUUUUUUUUUUUUUUUUAAAUUUCUUGGACACUGGAGCACCACUUCAGAUUUUGGCCUUGGACUCUGAAGGGGUUAAAACAUAAACAUCAAGCUUUAUUAGCAUUUUAUAAUUUAUAUAGUAUGCAAGAUCCUACUGGUAAAGAAUAACAGAUCAAGUAAAUUUCUAUACAAUUUUUUUUUCUUAUUGUAUUAAUAAAAUGUAUCUUUGAAUUGGAAUUGUCACCAUUUUGUAACUGUUAUGUGCCUGUGAUAAUAUAAACCUUGUCCUCUGAACAUGUAUAAAAAUUUUGCAUUACCAAUUUAUAUGUAAAUAUUGUAUAGCCUGGGAAUGAAAUGCUGAAGUACAAUAAACAGUACAGUACAGUAUAUAAAGAUAUUUUCAUAGCAAUUUAUAGUACUGUACAUUAUUAGUGCUGCAGCAUUAAUAUUCUGUUGGCCAAAUUGAAAAUUAAAUUAACCCAGUCUGUGAGUUAAAUACAUAAAUAUUAGAAGCAGUGAUUCCUUUUGUUAUACUUUGUUAAUGGAUAUUUUAUGUAAUGAUACCUGUUGGAUUUGUUCAUUUAAUUUUUUUUUCUCUCUCAUGGGAGGUUCCUUGAUGCUGAUGAGGGGCUUUUGGUCUGAGAAGUAAUUGAACCUGUGCUCCAUUUAAUUUAAUUAAAUCUUUAAUGCCUUU